AUGGUCCUAUGGUGAUCUGACGGAAUUUCGAAGGAAAAUGCAAGUUAUAUGAAUGGCAACGCUCUGUUACUUUCUAGUUAUUUUAUGUAGGUAACGUAAACAUAAGCGUUUAAUCAUUUUGUGAUACCUUCCUCUCUGUAUUUAAUAGUGCUAAAUACAGUUAAGCAUUCGAUAAACUAUAUCAGUAGUUUUUUUAAAUUCAAAAUGCAUUAUAUUUUAUCAGUCCUGAAAACUAUGUAUUGCUUUGAAAGGUGAAGCAUGGCAGUUUUAAUUUAUAAAACUUGUGAAAGCAAGACACCUUCCUAUGAUCACUUUAUUAAAACAGAACUUGAUACUAUGGAAGAUCAGCCAGUAGAUUAUAGUAUAAAGUAUGCAGAUCAAGACACACAUGACAUUUGUCAUAUGAAAUCAAAAAGAAGUCUACUUCAGUUUCGCGCAUCCAGCGUAACUGAGACACAAAUUAAUAAGCCCAUAUCCCAUGAUGAAAUUAAGGUAUACUGCAUUGAAGGUACUCCUCUUGCCGUGUCAUCGUCGUCAUCAUUACAUGAUCUUCGUGAAAUUGGGUUAUCUAUUCAAUCAACGGAAAAGCCAGCUUGUUCAUCAUCAUUAAUUGCACAUUUAAGUAGUACUAAAAAUAGCGAAGAUUCGCGGAAUAAUAAAUCUUCCGAGUCGUCAGUUUUUAUUGAGGACAAAUGCAUACAAACUAAAGAGAUAGAUGUUGCAAAUUACAAAGAAGGAAAAUCAAUAGUUUUUAGUAAUGCAGAUGACACUUCAAAGACAUCAUCACCAUUAAUUUUUUCAAGGUCAAGCUCUGUUUGUUCAUUGAAUAGUUUCGAACAACAAUCUACAAUUGAUGACAGAAGUUCUGUUAGUGUUUUUAGUACUCUUACAAGUGGAAUUAUUUCUCCAAGUGAGCUACCUGAUUCUCCUGGUGAAACUGUGUCCCCAAGUUUAACAAAAACCAAGCAUACUGAAUUUCAUUUCCCUGUUAAUUACACAGAGAAACCAUCUAACUUUAAUUUUAGUAACUUGAAAAGGCAGUCAAAUGAAACUGUUUCUCAAAAAAUACAAAAUGGGAUUUUUGAUGAUGCUUUAAAAGUAUAUAAUGAAGAAGAUGAUUUCUGUUCAAGAUCCAGUCUCAGUUCCUUGAGUAUAAAUGAUAGUUCGGCUCAUAUUUCAUUGUCGGUUUUUCAAGUUCGAAGUAUGAAAUCAAAUAUUAAUCAUGCAUCUUCAGUUGAUAUUAACUGCUGUAUUGCUGCAGAGGAUUCAUCAAGAAGGUGUACAGUAAUGUGCCAAAAUAAUUUAGAAAAUACUUGUGUGAUUUCAGAUAAAACAGACGACUGUUCUUAUAAAUUUAGUUUAAAAAAUUGUAGUCCAAAAGCAGAUAAAUGGACAUCUGAAGAAUCUUAUAAUGAUAUAUCUAGUUCUGUUUUCCAAGAUGAGAAAAAGGAAUAUAAGUAUGGAGAAAAAUUUUCUUCUGAUUUCAGGCUUAAGGUCUUAAAUUUUAAUACUGAGUACAGAGAGCAUGAAAAAGUUUUGGGGAAGAAAACCUUUGAAAGAAAUUGUAGUAAAUCAUUACGAAAUUCUUGGGAAUGUGAUGAAAAAGGAACUUCAAGGUUUGAUGAUUCUAAAUUUGUAUUUACAAAACUGACUGAAGAAAAUGUUCAAAAUGAAGGGUCCAGAUCUUUUUUUGAGGAUGCAGUGAAAGACUAUGCAUCUGAAGGUAAUUUUUCUUCUGCUUCUAGUCUCAGUGCAUUAAGUUUCCAGACAAAGAAUACUGAACUACCAGAAACUUUUUAUGAAAAAAUCUUAAAUCAAAAUUCAGGAGAAAUACCUGUGUCAACAACGUUUCUUAAAAAUAUGGAACCAGUGUUUCAUCUGCAGUCUUUGAAAUCUAAUGAAGAUAUUGAUGAAAAUAUAUUAGAGAAACAUUGUACUGAAUUAGAAACACCAGAAUCCCUCAAAAAUGAAAAUUCUCCCAUAAUUUUAAGAUGUGCUGUAAAUGAAUAUGAUAAUGAGUCAAAACCUGCUGAGAAGGAUAAGUUAUCAGUUGAUUUUUCAUGCCAAAAGGACAUGGAAAAUAAUUGUCCUCAGGAGGAAUCACAAAGUAACAUUUUAAUGGCUGAAGAAGGACUUGAAGAUCAAACUUCUUUUCAUUGUGUUAACUCUGGUGUAGAGAAAGAUAUUUUAAUUAAGCAUUGUACACAGUUAAGUUUGUCAGAGAUGACAAAUGAAGGAAAUCAAGAAAAUGAAUUAGUUGAUUCUGUUCAUGCUGACAAGUCUCAGAAUAGUAAGCAUCCAAAUAGUCCAUCUACAGAAACCAUACAUACAACUGCUGUGAAAACAAAACAGUCACCGGAAGAGAACCAGAAUGUAAAUGCAGUCACUAAAGAUAUUGUGUAUGGUCAUGAAUCUGCGAAAUUCCAUAAAAACUGUGAUUUUAAUGGAGACAUGCCAACAAACCAUUCUAAUGAAUUAGGAAUACCAAACUCCCCCCAAAUUAAGCAUUCUAAUACUAUUUUAAGACAGUCUUCAAGAGACUUUAACUGUGAAUCUAAAGCUUCUGAAAACCAGAGCAGCUUACCAGUUCAUUCCUUCUGCCAAGAGCAAGAUAACUAUUUUCCAAAGCAAGAAAUUCAAAGAGGAAUUCCAAUACCUAAGAGCCGUAAAGAUUAUUGUCCAGAUGGCAAGUCUGAUGUUGAUCUGCUAGCUCAAUGCAUUAGAGCAAAAGUGACCAGUUUAGAAAUUGGAAAUAGUGUACUUCACAAGCAAUCUAAUGAAGCUGAAAGAAUAUUGUUGGAAAACAAAAGAAAUUCAGAUAAACAUGAUGCAAAUAAUGUAUCUCAUGAAGAAGAUGAUUGUGAUGAUAUUUUAGCUAAGUGUAUUAUGGCAGGUCUGCCUAGUCCAAAAAUUAUUGAUAAUAUUCAAGAUAGAUUUUAUAUUUCUUCAAAGAAUGCAAAUCAAAAAUUGACUAAUCAAAACAUAGCAGCUUUACCAGAGAAUAAUAAUGAACAUAGAAAGAAGUAUUGCGGUGUCGGUGUGCUCCAGAACGAUAGCAACAUUUCAGCAAAAUGCAGUGCAGAAGAGAAAAAUGGCUUCAAAAUGUCUGCUGAUAAAUCUUUUACUCAGUGUGUCAGAGAAAAAAUAUCUGAUCCUGAAAAUAUAAACAAUGAACCAGAUGAUUCUGUAUCCUCAAAGAAAAAUUUUAAUGAAAUUAUUUUUAGUGAAAAUAAAACACUAUUACAUCAAAACAAACAAGAUUGUGGACCUGAAAAUAGUCAAAUUUCCGUGUUCCAAACUCAUGAUGAUGAAGAUAUUUUAACAAAAUGCAUUAUGGCAGGUUUGCCUGGUCUUAAAAAAAAAGAUAAUGUUCAAAAUGACUUUUAUACUUCUUCCAAAAACUCAAAUAAAAAUUUAGUUAAUCAAUAUGUGACAUCUUUGCCUCAAAAUAAAAUGGAAGUUAAGAGCAUGCAUUGUUCUAGUAUUUUAUCACCUGCUAAUAAACUCAAAGCAGAAUGUAUAAAAACAAACAAAAGUAGUUCCAAAAUAUCUGAGGACAACCUUUUUACACAAUGUAUUAGAGCAAAAAUGGCUAGUCCUGAUAACAUACUGAACAAACAAGAUAGUUCUCUACUUGUAAAGAAAAAUUUUAGUAUUUUAAUUCCUGAGGAAAAUAAAAAAGUGUUGAUCGAAGAUUCAAAUUUAAAAGUUGAGCUUAACCAGGUUACUUUGCCUCAAGGUGACGAGGAAGAGGAACUUUUAACAAAAUGUAUUAUAGCUGGUUUGCCUAAUCCUAAGCAAAAAGAUAAUGAUCAAGAUAAGCUUGAUACUUCUUGGAAAAGCUCAAAUGAAAAGCUGGCUUCUCAAAGCAUAGAAGUUUUGCCUGAAAAUAAAAAGGAACUUCAAAAAGUAUAUUGUACCACUCAUGUGCCACAUGGUAAAGAUCAAUUUAGAGCAGAAUGUAUUGAUACCAACAAGAACAGUGCCAAAAUAUCUGAUGAUAUUCUUUUAGAAAAAUGCAUUAGAGCAAAAAUGGCUAGCCCAGAAAUUCAAAGCAGUGAACAAGGUAAUUUUGGUGUUUCUUCAAACGAAAACUGUAAUAAAAUUAUUCAUAAUGAAAGUAAAAAAAUAUUGUUAGAAAACAGAAAUGAUAGCAAAUCAGACAGCAGCAAGUUUACUUUGUCUCAAGGUGGUGAUGAUGAUGAAGAUAUUUUAACUAAAUGCAUUAUAGCAGGUUUGCCUAAUCCUAAAGAAAAAGAUAGAUCUCAGGAUAUGAUGAAUACUUCAGAUAAUUCAAGUAACACUUUGAUUUUCCAAAGCACAGCAAAUUUGCCGGGAAACAAAACCAAAUUGAAAAGUAUGCGUUCAUCUUCUGUAAUGAAUGGUGAUGAUGAAUUUACAGCAAAAUGCAUUAAAGCAAACAGUAGUAACCCUAAAAUAUCUGAUGAUACUCUUUUAGCAAAAUGCAUUAGAGCAAAAUUGGCAAGCCGUGAAAUUUUAAACAGUAGACAAGAUAAGUUUUAUAUUUAUUUAAAGAAAAACUUAAAUAAAUUAAUUUCUAAUGAAAGUAAACAGAUGUUGAAAGUUGAAGAUAAUGCAAUUAUUUCUCCUGAAGUUGUUGUUGUUGAUGAUGAUGAUGAUCUUUUUGCAAAAUGCAUUAUAGCAGGUUUGCCUAGUCCUAAAAAGAAAGAUAAUGUUUCAGAACAAGCAUAUAUAUCUUCAAAAAAUUCUAAUAAAAUUUUCAGUAAUCAAAGUAAAUCAGUUUUGCCUGAAAAUAAAAAGGAGUUAAAAAACAAUCCUCCUGCUGAUAUGUCACACAAUAAUAUUGAAAAAGCAAAGUACUUUAAAGUAGGUAAGAGUAUUCCAAAAAUAUCCGGUAGUGAUAUUUUAGCAAAGUUUCUUAGAACAGGUAUUUCUGAUUCUAAAAUCAUAAAUAAGGAUCAAGACAGUCUUUGUAUGUUUUCAAAGAAAAGUAGCCAAAAGCCUGCUAUUCAGAACAAAACAGUAAUGUUAGAAAACAGAAAAGAUUGCAAAGCUAAAUAUAGUGCAACAAUUUUGUCUCAAGCUAAUGAUGAUGAUGAAUUGGUAGCAAAAUGUAUCAGACCUGGCUUGCCUAGUCCUAAAAAUAAUGUGCAAUCUACUAAGAAUUCAAUUCAUCGAUUGACUACUCAAAACAUAAUAACAUUGCCAGAAAGCAGAAGAGACCAUAAGAAAAGGUAUUGUACCACUAAUGUUUCAAAUGGUAGUGAACUUGUACCAAAGUAUUUGAUCAAUCCCAAAAUUGUGAGUAAUGUGCAAGAUAGGCAGAUUGGGAAAAAGUGUUAUACUGCAAAUGUAUCUGAACAUUGUAAUGAUAUUGAUCCCAUAAUAGCAUGUAACAAAACAGACAUGGUCAAUGUGAAAUUUGUGAAUGGUAUUCAUUCAAAAAAGAACUUGAAUCACAGAUUAAGUUUUCAGAAUAAAUCAAUGCCGGCUGAAAUCAGAAAAGAAUACAGGAAGAAGAAUAUUAUUAAUAGUUUACCCCAUCAAAUUAAUGAUAAUCUUUUAUCAAAAAGCACUAGAGGAAAUAUUUUGAAUUCAAAAUUUGUUGGUAUGGAAGAUAGACUUUGUGUAACUUCAAAAAAGAAUGUAGUUCAAAAAUUGCAUUCUCAAGAAAAAGCAACACUGUUUGAAAACAAAAAAGAAUAUAGAAAAAAGUAUCCUUUUAGUAGUCUUCCUGUAACUAAUGCUUGCACUCCACUUCAUAAUCCAAGUCCAGUAUCAAUACCAAAUUCUAGUUUCAUUGAUGUUGACACUCUGCGAGUUUAUGAAAUUGAAGAUACACCUAUUAUUUCACGAACUGCCUCUGUAAAUGAUUUGAGUUUGUGGGCUGAUGAGAAGAGUUACCAUGAGAAACAUUUGAAUAUUUCUCGUAAUUCUGAUUGCAGCUCUGAAUCGGAAGAUAUUGAAUUGUCACAGUAUGAUAAAUCAAGUAAGAAAGGAGCAAAAAUAACUUCUGUAUAACAGUUAAAACUUUUUAGUAACAAACAUUUGUAUGUGAUAUUUAUGUGCCUUUAGUCUAAGGACAUAACUGCCAACUCUACCAAUUUUCCAUCACAUCAAAUGAUCUCCUGGUGCAUCGCUGAAUGUGCUUAAUUUUUAUCCUCUGCUGAGGAAAAGUGUUUUUCAUUAUUAAAGGAAAUUUAUCGAAUUAAUGCAACUUAAACUAUGCAAAUUUCAUUUCCCACAUGUAGGAUUUUCAGCCUAAAUUUUUGCAUUGAAUUUUAUUUGAUCUAAAUUGUAUUAUCUGCUGUAGACUUUAGUAGAACUUUAUAUGAAGAUUUAACCAAUAUUUAAUCAGCAAAUAUUCAUGUUUAAUUUUGCUUUGCAUCAAUUUAUUUUGCAUUACUAAGUUUAUCGACUCGUGUAUUAUAAAACAAAUAGAUCUAUUUUUUGAGUUUUUUUGAAGUAGUGCAACCAUGCAGCAUGAAAACUUCCUGGAAAUUCUUGUUUUUUUGGCACAAGAAUCUCCCACCCCUCUUUUUUUAUCUUCAUAUUUCUGGGUUUGAAACCAUGUAAGAAUUUAAGAUGAAGUCCUACUAGUAUCUGUUUUGUGAAAAGUAAAUUAAUUCUGAUUUCAACUUGUACAUAAAUUUUUGAACUAUACUGAGUACAUUAAAUUUGCUUGUAUAUUGACUAUCUUGAAUAAAUUAAUUUUUCUUAUGCAGAAA